AUGAGCUUUACAACGAAAAUCUUGACUGUCAAAGAUGGAAACAAAACGCUGCUCAGCUGGAAUUAUGGUGACGACUGGCGUCAUAUCGAGUCAGUUGAGAACGCCGAAAACCAUCUGCGUGACUUUGAUGAUUUCUUAGUGACGUUAGACGCACAGGGAGAUCGUUGUGAAAUGGUGAAACGUCUCACUCUCAUCGAGCAAAACUUCAGUAAACUCAGAAAGAAAGAGGUCGAGCGAUCUCGUAUUGCCGAAGAGGACCAAAGGCGCCGUGACACGAUUAAGGUCGUCGAAAAGGGUCAGAUCCUUGCUAACAGACGGCAAGAGAGAGAAAGACGAAAAACGCAGGAAAUCUCUCUUCUCCGACCAAACUCGAAUGAUGAUUUCUCUAGUCAAACAUUGCCGAGGAAGAUGGAUAGAGCAGAGCGGAGCAAAACGACAACAGUCGGUGAUUCAGUAGUGGUAGGAGGUCCAUCGACGGUUGUAGCUUCAUCCGCGAACUCUUCGCACAUCUCUGCUGUUGAUGUCGACAUGAGAAAGACGCCUUCGUUCACUACGAGACGCGGUAACUCCGUUUCCCGGAAUAGCACAAGCCGUUGGGAGGAUUUAGGUGCCAUUGAUAUGAGAGGAUUCGUAGAUAGGAAACAAGAUUUACAAAGUGGAAGCAAAAGAGCAACAAUAAGGUCAUGGAAGAAUUACUAUACCAUUUUGUGUGGACAAUUAAUGUGUUUCUUCAAGGACGAGUCGUCUUUCUACGAGAACAUCGCAGCUGCGCCUCCAGUCUAUAUUUACGGUGCACGAUGUGAACCGUUCCCAGAGUAUGUAAAGAGGAAACAUGCUUUCAGGUUGGCAACCCAAGACGGUGCAGAAUACAUUUUUGCCUGCAGCGAC